AUGACAUUCAAUUCAAAAUGCCAGUUGCUUGUGCUGGUUGUCCUGCUGCUAACAGAAAUUGGGCCAAGUUUACAGACUCGACUAAGAAAUGGAAACAAGGUGAAAACUGCCAGUUUCCUAUCACCAAAUUUUGUGCUCGAACCUGGAUUAGUUGUUAACAAAUUUUACUACAACAUCGAUUUCCCUAAAGGCCAUAUUGCUAUCAAAAGUUUCGAUGCUGAAGUAGUUGAUGAGUCUAGGAAUCCGGUCCACCUUCACGAAACAUAUCUCCACCAUUGGCUUGUUGUAAGAUACUAUCAACGAAAAGGUUUGGAGAUGUCAAAGUACCCAGGCGAUCUGGGGUUCGACCAAUCGGAUUUUAUUAUAGUGAGGAACUCAGGACUAUGUGAGAGGGAUCUUUCUCAAUAUUUUGGCCUUGGGUCUGAAACUCGUAAAACAAUAACAUAUGUUCCAGACCCUUAUGGGAUAGAAGUUGGUAAUCCAGUAGAAGUACCUCCUGGAUAUGAAGAGAGAUGA